AUGGCAUCGCAUGGUGUCAUGGCGACGUCGCAUGACGCCACCGCUGCUGGCGCUCCACCCCGCCAGCCCUCUCUGCCCCUCGCACCCGCGAAUUCCCCUCUGCGCCCCUCCCACGCGGCCGCUGCCGCUUCCGGCGCAGCCCGCACUUUCUCCCCCCCGCUCUCCGCGCGCCACUCCGCGCCCCACCGUGCGCGCCACCCGCCUCCCCCCAGUAACCUUCCGCAGCUCUCGCGCGCCUCCUCCGUCUCCUCCUCGCUCCCGCGCUCCGCGCUCUCCUCCCCCGCGUCCUCCGCGCUGCACCUCCCCGCCAUCCCCUCGCUGCAGUCCCUCCCCUCGCUCCGCUCCCUCUCCUCCUCCUCCGCUCACACCUGCGCGGGCUGCUCCUGCGCGGGGUGCGCGGGGGGCAGCGCGGCGGGGGGCACGCGGAGCCCGUCGGACGGGGGGGAGGUGACUGCCUUCCGCCAGGUGACUGCCUUCCACCAGGUGACUGCCUUCCGCCAGGUGACUGCCUUCCGCCAGGUGACUGCCUUCCGCCAGGUGACUGCCUUCCGCCAGGUGACUGCCUUCCGCCAGGUGACUGCCUUCCGCCAGGUGACUGCCUUCCGCCAGGUGACUGCCUUCCGCCAGGUGACUGCCUUCCGCCAGGUGACUGCCUUCCGCCAGGUGACUGCCUUCCGCCAGGUGACUGCCUUCCGCCAGCGCGAGGAGGAGCUGCUCACGCUGUGGUGGAAGGAGUAUGCCGACGCCGCAGUGGGGCCCGCGCCAGGUGGCGUGCCGCCAUUGGUGGACCUGGGUCGGAGGCGGUCGUAUGCGGUGUACUGGGAGGGGGAGGACCGCCGUGUGCUGCGCGGGCUGUGGUUCGGCAAGCGGGCGGGACAGCUGACGUGGCAGCCCCUGAGGGAGGACGUGGCAGAGCAGCUGGAGGAGGCGUACAGGAAGCGGGUGUGGCGGCGGCGGUGGUUCCAGCCGUCAGGCCUGUUCGCCUCUAGAGUGCCCAUUGCUGGCGCCGGCGAGGGAGUGAGCGCGGUGUUCACGGGGGACGACAGCAGCUGGCGGGCGCAGCUGUGGGUGGAAGGAACGCGGCUCUUCUCCUCGCCGCUGCACGCCAUGGCCCUGCGCAGGGGCUUCCUGCCUUCCCCCUCCACUCAGGAGGACGAGCAGCAGGUGAAGGAGGAGGAGCUGGAUGACUACUGCUCCAUGGUGCCGGUGCAGCAUGUGGUGUUCAUGGUGCACGGGGUGGGGCAGCGCCUGGAGUCGGCGCACCUGGUGGAUGACGUCACUGCCUUCCGCCACCACGCAGCACAGCUCAGCCACUCACACCUCACCGCCCACCAGCGCCUGCAGCAGCGCUGCCUCUUCAUCCCCUGCCAGUGGAGGAGGGGCAUGGCGCUGGCAUCGGAGGCGGUGGUGGAGGGCAUAACGCUGGAGGGCGUGAGAGCGCUGAGGGACGCUGUCAGCGCCACGGUGCACGAUGUGCUCUACUACAUGAGCCCCGCCUACUGCCAGACCAUCAUCCACUCGCUGACCUCCUCACUGAACCGGCUGUACCGCAAGUUCAAGCGGCGCAAUCCGCUGUUCAGCGGGCGCGUGUCGGUGUUCGGCCACUCGCUCGGCUCCGUGCUGCUCCACGACAUCCUCUGCCACCAGCCGCCCCUCCCGCCCCUGCUGCCCCCCCCGCUGCCCCACUCGCUGCUUCCGCCGCCGCUGCUGGCAGAUGGUAGAGGCCUGGGGGCGAUGCAGGGAGGCGUGGGGAAGGCAGGGGACGAUGGGGGAUGGGAGGAUGGGGAGGGGUGGAGUGAAAGUGAGGCUGCAGAAUCGCCUGGGGCUGUCUCUGUGCCUGACCCAUCCAUGGUUCCUGCACGUGGUGGGGAUCUGCUUGCGCUUGCCCCACAACGCCUUCCUGCUGCACUUGAACCUCCAGCAGCGCCACCUGAAGCAUCUGCUGACGCGCCUGUGCGCUUAGAUGGGGGCAUACCUGCCUCGCUACGGGUUAUCCCUUCCUCCACCGCUGCCAGCCCAGCCAUGCCUCAAAGCCCCACGCACACAAGCAGGGAUGGCAGCAGCCACUGGGGGGAUGGGUGCAUGCAGGUUGCAAGGCAGGCAAUGGACAGUGGAGGAGUGAAGGGGGUCGAGGCGGAAGCACAAGGGGAGGGGGAGGGUGAUGCAGUGGCGGAGCAAGGAAGGGGCUGGGAGGAGGGGGAGCGAGUGCAGGGAGGGGGUGGGAGUGAUGGGCAAUCAGAAGCAGGUGUGGGGGGAGGGCCGAACACAGAGACAGCAGAGCAGUUGAGGCACAAGUCCUCUCAUCCUCUUGCACCCAACACCUCUCCACCUUCCCUCCCCACGGCACCGUUUCUCAUUACCCUCUUUCCCUCCCCUCCCCUCUUGCCCCCCUCAGCUGGGCGAGCUACAGAGGGAGGUGGAAGCCCCCUGCACGCCCCUGCUUCCACCCUCCCUCUCUUCGCUCUGCCACCCGCCCCUCCCCCUCUCCUCCUCCCAACGCCACCAGCACCACCAGCACCACCAGCACCACCAGCACCAUCGCCUGCGUGUCCUCCCACCAGUCAAGCCACCAGCCCUGCCACUCCGCCUGUGCAGCCCGCCUCGCCCGCUCUGCCAGCCACCCCUCCCCACUGCCCCACCAGCAGCCCCUCCUUGAGCGUUCCUUCUCGUGCCUCUGCCAGCUCUCUUGAUGCUGCCCCUGCCGGCAAUGCAUGCGUGGUGGGCGCUGGUGACAUACUGAAGGGGGACGGGGGUGAAGGCAGCAUAGACAGCCGGGCAGAGGCGGGAGGGUGGGAACAGGUAGCAGUAGCACGGGAGAAGGCGAAGGAUGAGGAGGGUGUGGUUGUGGGGGCAUGCGGAGGGGAGGGGCGAGGAGGUAGGAAAAGGAAGGGCAGUGGCGGAAGGGAGGGAGGUGGGAAUGGUGGAGGGGGUGUGUCGAGAAGAGGAGCGGGUGCAGUGGAGGAGGGAGCAACGAGAGGGAAGAGCAAGGAGAGGAGGGGCAGGGAGGUGGGUGAGACGAGGAGACAGAGGAGGAGGAGGAGGGUGGAGGAGAAGGAAAAGCUCGCUGCGUCUGCUGCAGUUGAUGCUCGUGAUGCGGCUGGGGCUGGGGCGAGUGGGGAAGCACAGGGGUGUGAAGCUCGCAUGGGGCGAGGGGUGGAUGCGGCGGCGAGGGGCGAGGGUGGGGAAGGAGUGGGUGGAGCAGUGGGGCCGGCACGGUGUGAGGCAGAGGCAGAGGCAUGGGUGCAGCCAAAGGCAGGGGGGGUGGUGGAGGUGGCGAGUGGUGGCGGUGGAUUGGGAGGCUAUGGGGGAUGCAGUGAGGGUUGCGAGGGACGCAGCGAGUGUGGUGAGAGAAGCAGGGAGGGCAGUGGGGAAUGUGGGCAUGACGAGAGGCGUAGUGAGUGUGGCGUGGUAUGCGCACAAGUAGCAGUGGUGCCAGCGAUAGAGGAGGGCGGUGGGCAAUGCGCCGGGGAGGGGCGUGGGGAAGGCACUGGGGAAGGGCGAGAGCAGAGGGGAGAGGGGCUGCAUGGGAAUGUGGAAGCACUCACUUAUGGGGAUGCGGUGGUUGGCUGUAGGUUGGAGUGGAAGGUGGGAGAGGGCCGUGCAGAAUGCAGUGGCAGUGGAGAGGGGAUGGGUGGUGCAGCUGGUGCUGUGAAGGGUGGUGGAGAGGCGUGGCUGGGUUGGGGAGACACGCGUGAAGGCGGGGAAGAGGAGGGCGGAAGAAUGGGGAGGGCGUCGCUGGAGAGGAUGGAAGAGCGGUGGCGGAUGGGGGGACAACUGGAGAGGGGUUGGCGUGGAGUGGACACGUUCUUCGCAGUGGGGUCGCCCCUCGGCCUCUUCCUCGCUCUGCGCAACAUUCGCCUCGGCGAUGGUGCAGGCGGCGAGAGUGCGCGGUACUGGGGCAUGGAGGGAAUGCAGGAGGAGCUGUCAGCGUGCCGCCAUGUGCUCAACAUCUUCCACCCCCACGACCCCGUCGCCUACCGAUUGGAGCCACUGGUGUCACCACAGCUGGCGCAAGUUCCUCCGGUGCUCAUGCCGUACUACCGCGGUCACUACCGCACGCACAUCGUAGUCAAGCGCUUCUUCCAGCAGCUGAGGGGCAGCCUGAGAUGGCUGUACCGUGCACUGGUUUCACCGCUGCAAUAUGUGCUGAGGUCCGCAUGGAGUCUGCUCUGCUUCGCCCCUCCACCUCCUCGACCCGCACCGGCCCGCGACAGCAGUGAGCUGCCAGUGUUGGACGCGCGGUCGCAGCACACGCUCACACUCCUCACAGGCUCUCCGCACGGCCGCAUUGACUUCAUGCUGCAGGACCCCUCCUUCCAGCACCAGUACUUGCAGGCCAUGAGCUGCCACUUCGAUGCAUGGAUAGACAAGGACAUAGCGCUGCUGGUCAUCCGCCAUCUCUACCGCCACGUGCCUCGCCAGCCCCCUCCCGCCCGCCAGCCACCGCCCCUGCACGCUCACUUCGACCCCUCCUCCCCCGCCCCCUCUCCCACUGCUACCACCCCCCCCACUGACCCCUCGUUCUUCUCGCCUCCUCCCUCCCCCUCACGUCACGCCGUCUUCUCCUCCCUCUCUGCCCUCUCCACGCCUCGUUGCCUCUCUGGAGACCUCUCCUCCUACUCCAUCCCCUCCUUCCUCCCCUCCCACCCCUCCUCCUCGCCCCUUCCUGCCAUGCAACCCUUCUCCCCCCUCUCAGCCCCCCCCACGCCCCAUCCUCUCCCACCAGCAUUAUUCCCUGCAUCAGCACCGCCAGCAGCACCCAUCAAUGCUACGACGACAUCUUCCACCGCUCCCAACCCAUCCGCAACCCACGCGGCCAUGCCCUCGCGCCCGCCCCCUUCGAGUCAGGUGCGGGGGCACCAGCGCAGCGGCAGCAGCAGCAGCCUGCUGGGGCGGCUGUGUGACGCUGUGAGCCCUCUUGAGCAUGCUGCUGCUGCUGAACGGCACGCAGGGAGGCACACGGGGAAGGUGGUACCUGGGGCAGGUGCUGCUGGUGCUUCUGCUGGUGGUGGUGGUGGCAGUGGCGGUUUGCAGCAGCGACAGAGAAGGCAGUGGAGGGAGGGGGGUGUGGGGCAUGGGAGGAGGGCGUGGGGAGGGGAGGAGAGUCAGGGGAGGGUGAGCAAGGUGGGGGCAGUGAGGAGGUGUGUGAGGCGAGUGCAGACACACAUAGAGGAGGAGGAUGAGGGUGAGGACGAGGGGGAGGAGGAGGAUGAGGAGGUGGCAUUCACCUUCUCUAGUUGGAGGGCCGCUCAGCUGCUGCGAGUGCAGCUGCUGCUGUGA